AUGGAGAUUAUUAAGGAAGAAAACAAGCCUCUUUACCAGCGAGAGGAAGGCAAAGGUGGAUUUAAAGCUUGCAUGUUUGUAUUUGUGCUGGUAGCAUUUGACAGCAUGGGAUUCAUAGCAAACAUGGUUAGCUUGGUUAUUUACUUCUACAGUGUAAUGUUCUUCGACGUAGCUAACUCCUCCAACACUCUCACCAACUUCAUGGGCUGUACCUUCUUGCUCACCAUUGUUGGUGCCUUCAUUUCUGAUACUUACUUGAAUCGAUUCCACACUAUUAUCAUUUUUGCAGUCAUCGAAAUCCUGGGCAUGGUGUUAUUGACAGUUCAAGCUCAUGCAAAAAGUUUGCACCCACCCUAUUGUGGCAAGCCAACUUGCGUGGAAGGAAAUAUAGCAUUUAUGCUCUAUGCAUCUCUGAGUUUGUUAGCUUUGGGUUCGGGAGGCGUUAGAGGGGCUCUUCCUUCGAUCGGCGCCGAGCAAUUUGAUCAGAAUGAUCCUAAAGAGGCUAAGGCUAUUGCUUCUUAUUUCAAUUGGAUGACACUGAGCACAGUUCUUGGUGCAGCUGUGGGUGUUACAUGCAUCGUUUGGGUCAGUGUGAAUGAUGCUUGGUGGAAGGGUUUCAUGAUUUCUACUAUUGUUUCGUUUGUUGGUUUUGUUGUUCUUGCCUGUGGGAAACCAUUCUAUCACCUCCGGAAACCUGGAGAAGGUCCGUUGACGAGAAUCGCUCAGGUUUUGGUUCUGGCAAUGAAAAACCGAAAACUGUCCCUGCCGGAAAAUUCUGACGAGCUAUACGAGAUAGGUGACAAAGAACGAAUCUUUUCAGACGAAAGAAUUGCACAUUCUGACCAAUUCAGAUUCCUUGACAAAUCAGCAAUUCUUCCCAAGAACCUGACAGCCUCAUCAUGGACAGUAUGUACCGUGACCCAAGUUGAAGAGGUAAAAGUCCUGACAAGAAUGUUGCCAAUUUUAUUCAGCACCAUCAUAAUGAACACGUGUCUAGCUCAACUUCAGACAUUCUCAGUUCAACAAGGUUACAUAAUGAACAAAUACAUCGGAAAAUUCCAAGUUCCUCCUCCUUCAAUUCCAGUAAUCCCCUUAGUCUUUAUGGCCAUACUCAUUCCACUCUACGAGUUUGUUUUCGUUCCUUUCGCUCGAAAAAUCACCGGCCAUCCCUCAGGAAUCACACAGCUUCAGCGCGUAGGAGUUGGACUUGUUUUAUCCGCGAUUUCAAUGGCGGUGGCAGGAAUUAUCGAAGUAAAAAGACGGAACCAAGCGAAUAAAGAUCCUGCACAUCCGAUUAGUCUUUUCUGGCUAUCUUUCCAAUUCGGAAUUUUCGGAAUUGCUGAUAUGUUUACACUAGUUGGACUACUCGAAUUUUUCUACAAAGAAGCGCCUUCAGGAAUGAAAUCGUUAUCGACAUCGUUUACGUGGUUAUCGCUAUCGUUCGGAUAUUUCCUGAGUACGGUUUUUGUUAAUAUAAUCAAUGCAGUUACUAAAAGAGUUGCUCCGAGUAAACAAGGAUGGUUACAUGGUCAGAAUAUAAACGACAAUAAUUUGGAUCUGUUUUAUUGGUUUUUAGCUAUUCUGAGCUGUAUUAACUUCGGAGUUUAUGUUCUUAUGGCGUCUUGGUAUAAAUACAAGACCGAUGAGACUGAUCGGGCGGCGGAAUUGAAGGCGCCGGCGGAUGGAUUGCUGCCUGCCAGGGUGGAAAAAACUGUGGAGACAGAAGAAAUAGAAGAAAAAACAGUGGAGAAGGUGGAAAUUACUACAAGUAAAGCUGAAGCUCCGGUUUCUGAGCAGAGUAAUUCUGACGAUCAUACAAAUGAAAAGGAGCAAAAAGAUGGUAAGGAAAUGGAGCAAAAACAGCAGCAAGAAAGCUGA